UUUGAUUUUUUUUCUCGGCGCCAAAACACAGAUUUUACCGGGAUGGGAUUUUCCGUGAGUUAUCAUUAAAUAUCGAUGUCACUACACCAUUUAAAAUAACGCGGUCGUCUCCGGCAACAUUUUCGUUGCAUGCGGCCCGAACUAGGGGUGGUCGCGGUCUGAAGCGUUGGUGAGGACAAAAGUUUGGAAGAGACUGCUAAUUAUGGGAUAAUCAACUCAAUAUGCAUUGCAUUUUGAAUUCAACAAUUGAAUGGGAGCCUGCAGUUCCUGGUUGGGCAAGAGAGCCAGGCGUACUGCAAGAAAUUCAGUCCUGCUGCACUGACAACCUUCAUCAGUACAAGAAACUAGCAUCUAACACAAAGAUGAAAAGGUACAUGGAAUCUUCUUUCCAGGCUGAUAUGUUGGCAGGAUUUAUCUAUGACUCGAACGAAUUUGAAGAUGCGGGACUCGACAAGGUUGAGACACGUAAUGUGGUCCUUUCACUGCAUAACUCAAUGGUUUCUCUAGAAGAAAAGGCAAAGCAUCUUGGUAAUAAGAGCAUACAGCACCUGGAGGUGGUUAAUCAUUACAUGACAGUAAACCAGGCUUUCAGCAGUAUCCAGCACCCGUUAACUGUGCAAAGCCUGUUACAACUUCACAAGACACUGAUGAACGGACUUGACAACACAGCAGGACAAAUACGAAAUGAGGAAGUGCAUGCUGGAGAUGGGCACUCCUAUCCCAGUGCUUAUCUUGUUCCAGAAACUUUAACAACAAUACUGAAUCAGUUCAAUAACCUCUACAGCAGGACUGAUGUAUCCAUGUAUACUAAAGCAGCAUUUCUCAAGUUCAAGUUUGUACAGUUACACCCGUUCAUGGAUGGCAAUGGGCGAUUGUCACGAAUCCUAAUGAACUGGGUGCUGCACCUGCAGGGGUUACCUUUUGUUGUUUCAAUCACUAACAAUGGUCACAAGAAGGCAAAGGGCCACUACAUGCAGGCUUUGAAAAAUGCCGAUAAAAAUAGGGCUAAAGGGCAUGUGGCAUUUUUGAUACAGUACUGCACACGAAACAACUGGAAACUCUUCCAGUCAAAAGUAGAAAAAUCUACCCCUGAGGACAAUGAAAUUGAUGAGCUUUUUAUCUCUAAAGCUAUUUAGAAUGCGGAUUCCUAAACCAAAUGCAAACAGUUAGGAAACUCCACUUCGGUGACUUUAUGUCAAAUCUAGCCUGGAUACCAGACCCUCAUCUCAAAAAUAUCUAUUGUGAUCAGGGCUGCAUAUGCAGGUUAGUGCAGGUAAAAUUGGAGCUGUGCAGGUAUUUCUGGUGUCUACCUGCACCUAACCUGCACUGGUCCAUGUACUGGGUUUUAUA